UCUAAGACGGUGGAUUCCGGAGGCACUUAUUCCAGAACUUUCGAGAGCCACACACGUCGCCGAUUCGCCUCCGCCUCUUCGCUUCGCUCUGUUUAUUCUUCCGUGCUUCCGCGUGGUUCUCCCGGCACGAGAUCGGAUGACUAGGGGAAGCCAGAGAGAAACCGACCGGCAGAGGGCUCAGGCCCGAAAAGGUCAGGUGAAGCAGAGAGAAGACGGCCUGACCCCCGAGCAGCGCCGCGAGAGGGAUGCAAAAGCACUCCAAGAGAAGGCAGCCAAGAAGGCUGCACAAGCAGCAGCUGGUGGAGGCACCACGGACUCCAAAAACAAAGGCAGUGCAAAGAAGUGAUUCCUCAGGUCAUUAAUUUAAGAGGAUCAUGACGUUAUCUUCCCAAAUUGAUCUUGCUUAGUGGACUAUAUCCUUGUAUCUUUGAUUUAUUCUUAUGUGGCUACUGUUUGAUUAGAAAGUCUUGAACUUCAAAUUAAAAGUAAUCUGUUUGCUUCUCA